GAUGGCCGCCAUUGUGCUGCUGACAGAAGCACAAAAUCUACAGCAACAGCCGAUCAAUGCAGUCGUCCCCAAACCAUCCAAAGAUUUUUGGCCCGGACCUGGGGCGUUACCUCCCAGACCGAAAAGCACGGGGAAUUUUCUGUUUCCUCCACCGAUGAUGAAUUUCAGGCCUGGGAUGAAUACACGAUUUCCGCCAUUCAUGAUGCCACGUAAGACACAAAAAGGAAUGUUUGGCGGAAACAGUCUUCUACCAAUGAUGUUUGCUACAAAUGUUAUAGACGAGGAAAUGCUUCCCUUUAUGUUGAUGUCUGGCAUGGGCAUGUAACGUUCCCAAGAAACAUAACCCACAUUUGUUGAUAGGAAUGGUCGUCCAUGUGUGAAAUGUAACAGUCAUUUUGAUUGGUAGAUGUUCUACCGCAAUUCACAUCCAAUAUAACAUAAGCAUUGACUAAUGAUGUUUGGCCAUCAUUUCUGUU